AACAGUAUUGGGUGAUCAAACUACUGCCUUUUGACUUCACGGUAGAGUACAAGGCGGGUAAGUCGAAUACUGUGGCCGAUGCACUGUCGCGCCGAGAUCCGAUCAACCAUAUUUUCUUGCUCUCUCUAUGCCCCAGCUGGAUUUGUUUGAUGAUAUCCGCCAGGAACAGCAGCAGUCCCCUAACGUCCAGCACCUCAUUUCAGCAGUUCUUGAUCACUCAGCUGCCGCAAUAUGGACAUUCAAACAAGGUCUUCUUUUCUUUAAAGACCGGGUUUUUAUUCCACAUGGCUCACCAACAAUACCUCUAGUUAUAGCUGCACUUCACAAUCAGGGUCAUGAAGGAUAUCAGAAAACGCUGCACCGAAUUACAUGGGAUUUCUUCUGGAAAGGGAUGAAAAAAAUGGUGCAGGAAUUCAUUCGAGCCUGUCCUGUUUGCCAACGCCACAAAACAGAAUCAUUGCAACCAGCAAGUCUGCUGCAACCAGUGCCGAUUCCACAACAAAUAUGGGCAGAUGUGUCUCUUGAUUUUAUUGAAGGGCUUCCAACUUUCAGAGGCAAAAAUGUGAUUCUAGUCGUUAUUGAUAGGUUCUCUAAAUACGGGCAUUUUUUGGCACUUUCUCACCCUUAUACUGCUGUGGGUGUUGCGCGUAUUUUCUUUAAUAACAUUUUCAAGCUUCACGGACUACCGGAAACCAUGGUCAGUGAUCGCGAUGUUACAUUUACUAGCAUUUUUUGGACUGAAUUAUUCAAGUUGUCUGGUACUAAACUGUGUUUUAGUUCAGCUUAUCAUCCACAAUCGGAUGGUCAAACAGAGGUCACUAAUCGUACAGUGGAAAUGUAUUUACGCUGCUUCUCUAGUUCUCACCCCCACAAAUGGUGUGAUUGGCUUUCUUGGGCUGAAUUUUGCUACAACAGCAGCUACCAUUCAGCUCUUAAAUCCACUCCAUUUGAGACUGUCUAUGGGCGUGCUCCACCUAGACUCCUUUCUUACUUGCCCGGCAAUUCCACUGUAGAGACUGUGAAUGUUAUUUUACAGCAACGUGACUCAAUGUUGCAGCUCCUACGCAACAACCUUCAAUUGGCUCAAAACAGAAUGAAACUUCAUUAUGAUCGUUCUCACCGGCCAUUGGAGUUUAAUGUUGGUGAUGUCGUUCUACUCCGCCUCCAGCCAUACCGUCAGUCAUCCAUUGCCUUAAGAAAAAAUCAGAAAUUGGCUGCCAAAUAUUAUGGUCCUUUUGAGGUUUUGGAGCGCAUUGGCUCUAUGGCUUAUCGGUUGAAGCUUCCCCCUGAUUCCAAAUUACAUCCAGUCUUUCACGUCUCCACACUCAAGCCAUAUCAUUCUGAUUCUGGAAAUUUUGAAACGAUUCUCCCACCUAUUACUGAACAGCAACCUUUGGUUCCAUUUGCUAUUUUGGGACAGCGUUGUCGUUCGGGAAAACAGGAAGUCUUGGUCCAUUGGAGCCAAUCUUCCCCAGCUGAUUCCUCUUGGGAAAAUGUUCAGGAUUUACUGGCACGCUUUCCAGAUUUUACGCUUGCGGACAAGCUUCCUAAUGAGGCGGGAAGUACUGUUACGAGACCCUUGCAGGUGUAUACUCGUAACCAGCAGAAGCAGCAGCCACGUCUUCCAAGGAUAAUGGUACAGAGUGGAAGCAUGGGCAUGAUGAAUGAUAUUGGUUCUGGUGGUCGAUUUGGAGGUGCGAGAGAUCGUAGAUUUGGUGAUACAGGUUUUAGCCGAGCUGGUGGUCAUGGGGAUUAUGGGUCUUUUGGAGGAGCAAGAGAUGGCCGAUUUGGUGAUACAGGUUUUAGUCGGGUUGGUGGUCAUGGGGAUUAUGGAUCUAAUCAUACCAGGAACCCUGGAUUUGGCCAUUCUAGUGGUCGUGGCCAAUUUUCUGGUCAAAUGAAUGGAUCUGGUUCCUUUGGUUUUAACCGAAAUCAAGCAGGGAAUUUUAGUGGUUCUGGUUUUAGUGAACGUGGUAGAUCAGAUGGUUCAAGUACUUUUGCAGACUUUGGUUCUGGUGGUUCCAGUGGAUUUGGUGAUAGUAAUUCCAGCCGAACUAGUGAUGGAUUAAAUGAUCCUCGUUGUAGUCGAUUUGGGAUCUUUGGGGAUUUCCAGAGUGAUAAUUCUAAAAACGGAAGAAGAUAAGUCGGAGUAAACAAGUGACAUUCAUACGCUUGCAAUGACAGCUGAAAGGCCGGCAAUGGACAGAGUCAGAUACAUGUAGCGGUAAUGGUGCUGGUAGAAGUAAGGUUAAGAUAACGUUACUGGAUAUUUAAGGAUCAAGAAUCUUUCUUUUGUUGUGUUUAUUAUCAAUUAUAUGGAGGAAAAACAAUAGUUCUUGCUCAAGAUAUUAAGA